AGUACAUUGAUAAAUAUGGUCGCUUCACUUGGUCAAACAAAACUUAUAGAAAUAACUUUAAGUCUAUAGUAUGAUGUCUAAUGUUCGAGUCCUGUGUGCGAGAUCGUCGAUGCGCACUGCUGAGGAGUCCCAUACUAGGAUGGAACGGACGUCCAGUGCUUCCAGGUUUUCAAUGGUGGUCUAUCUUAGACUAGAUUGUGAAUUAAACUGAAAAUACUUCAAUCUCCACAAGUGUUUAUAUAUCUCAAUCACAAGAUCUGUCAAACUAAAUCAUUAUGGACAUCAUUAUGGUGUACUUCUAACAAAUCACUUUGUCAUCAUCACAUCAUUUAACAUAGCAACUUACUGUGUUUACCUACAACAGUCCAAAUAUGAACUCCAUUAAAUUAAAUCAUUUAUAUACUACUUCUACCCUGAACUGAUCGGCUUUAGUUUCUUCGUUGACACUUCAAAAUCCUCAAAACUGUGAAGAAUUAGUUGUUCCAAACAUUCUCCGAUUGAUUUUGUAAAUUAUAAGUUGAUGAUGUGAUAUCUUUUAUUUUGUUUUAUGUAGUGUAAUGAAACCGGCUUCAGGUUUUACAUCUUUUCGUAGUCAAGUACGCAUAACACCUGGAGCUGUUGUCUGUUCCGAAUGUGAACUGUCUGGUGAGAUAAUUAUCGGUGCAAAUACUAUUAUUCAUCCAAAAGCUCGUAUAAUCGCUGAAGCUGGUCCAAUAAAUAUUGGAUCAUUUAAUUUAAUUGAAGAACAGGUGGAAAUUGUGAAUAGAAUUCCUGGUUCCAUAAUGAAAAUUGGUGAUUACAAUGUGUUCGAAGUAGGAGCACAUUGUUAUGCUUUAGAAGUUGGUGAUAAUAAUGUUUUUGAAGCGAAGUGUCAUAUUGGAUCAAAUGUUAAAAUAACCCAUGGUUGUGUAAUUGGUGCAAUGUGUUCAAUGGAUUCCGGUGAAACAUUACCAGAAUGUACUGUUGUAUACAGUGACGAAGGUAAUCGUCGUAUUGCAACUGAACGUCCAGCUGCACAAACAUUACAAUUAGAUUUUCUAACAAAAAUUCUACCAAAUUAUCAUCAUUUAAUGAAAGCUAGUCGAACUUCCACACCAAAACCAACUGAAAAACAAUAA